UCCCCACCCCACCCACCCCAAACCCCGCCCAAAACCCUAGCCGCCGCCCCACCCGCCGCCGCCGCCAUGGACGCCGCCGCGCUGGAGGCCCUCAUCCUCGACCUGCACGCCAUCGAGGCGGUCAAGCUCGGCUCCUUCGUGCUGAAAUCCGGCAUCACCUCCCCGAUCUACCUCGACCUGCGCGCGCUCGUCUCGCACCCGCGCCUGCUCGCCGCCAUCGCCGCCCUCCUCUCCUCCCUCCCGGCCACCCGCCCCUACGCCAUCCUCUGCGGGGUGCCCUACACGGCGCUCCCCAUCGCCUCCGUGCUCUCCGUCGACCGCGGCCUCCCCAUGCUCAUGCGCCGCAAGGAGGUCAAGACCCACGGCACCGCCAAGGCCAUCGAGGGCGCCUUCCGCGCGGGGGACACGGUCCUCAUCAUCGAGGACCUCGUCACCAGCGGCGCCUCCGUGCUCGAGACCGCCGCGCCGCUCCGCGCCGAGGGGCUCGUCGUCGCCGACGCGUUCGUCGUCGUUGACCGCGAGCAGGGCGGCAGGGAGAACCUCGCGGCGAACGGGAUCACGCUGCACUCGCUCAUGACCCUCACCGAGGUGCUCGCCGUGCUGCUGAAGCACGGGAAGGUCACCGAGGAGAAGGCCGCCGAGGUGAAGCAGUUUUUAGAUGCCAACAGGAAGGUCACCGUGCCAGGCGCCGCAAAGCCCAAGGUGGUCAGGAAGGGGUUCCCUGAGAGGGCGGCCUUGGCCAAGAACCCCAUGGGGAAGAAGCUGUUCGAGGUGAUGGAGGCCAAGCAGAGCAACCUCUGCGUCUCUGCGGAUGUUGGCACAGCCAAGGAGCUCCUCGAGCUUGCCGAAAAGGUUGGCUCUGAGAUUUGCAUGCUGAAAACCCAUGUCGAUAUCUUGUCAGAUUUUACACCUGACUUUGGCGCCAAGCUUCGCUCGAUUGCUGAGAAGCACAACUUUUUGAUCUUCGAAGACCGCAAGUUUGCUGACAUUGGCAACACAGUAACUAUGCAAUAUGAAGGAGGAAUAUUCCGCAUAUUGGAAUGGGCUGAUAUUGUUAACGCCCAUGUAAUUCCUGGGCCUGGAAUUGUUGAUGGCUUGAAGCUUAAGGGUUUACCGAAAGGAAGAGGCCUACUUUUACUCGCUGAAAUGAGCUCAGCUGGUAACCUUGCUCAAGGAGAUUACACUGCAGCAGCUGUAAAGAUUGCCGAGCAACAUUCUGAUUUUGUGAUUGGAUUUAUAUCAGUAAAUCCCGCAUCGUGGUCUGUGGCACCAUCAAGCCCAGCGUUCAUCCAUGCCACCCCUGGAGUGCAGAUGGUUUCUGGAGGAGAUGCUCUUGGGCAACAGUACACCACUCCUUAUUCUGUGAUAAACGACAGAGGCAGCGAUAUAAUCAUUGUGGGGCGCGGGAUCAUCAAGGCGAGCGACCCCGAGCAGACGGCCAGGGAGUACCGCGUCCAAGGGUGGCAGGCGUACCUGUCCAGCUUGUGAGGAAAGCUGCUGCUCAGACGCCUCUCUCGGUGUAAAACCCAAAUGAAAUGCGCUGGUGUUCGUGCCAUCGACCGACCGAUCAAUGUAAUAAGAGCGCCUCCUGUCGGCGCCGAGUGAUUUCCCCCCUUGUGCCUGGUGUCGGCGGCACGCGUCGUCUUGGGGGAAAUAACUUCGAAAUCGCGGUAAUAGAAACCAGAACGUUCCCAUGGACA